GGUUUCUGGGAUAUUAAAGAGGGCAUAUGCCCUUUACAAAACAGGAGUCAUUACCUGCUCCAAGCGUCUCCUGAACCUGAUUCAGUACAGCGUUCCGCGACUUCGAUAAUAAUCAUGGCUAGUUCAAGCUUACCACAGCAACCUCAAGGCCAUGAACCAGUACGGGGAUAUAUCGAUGGCAUCCGCACUCAAUUUCAACGCCUCAAAGGCAUAAGUCUGACUCAAUACCCUGAAGCACAGGCUCUCUUCAAAAAAUAUAGCAAUGAUUUUGACGACUGGUCAGUGGCAGUGGGGCCUUAUGCAUCUGGGCAAGGUGCUAAUAUCGGCGACUUGCAAGGUCUACUUGCAACUCUUGUAGACGUGAGCUGCAUGGUCGGUGUCGAUGACUGCCCCCGUUCAUCGCCUAACAUGAGAUGGGGAAAACCAACGAUGAGAGAUCCUAUGGACCUCUCUUGGCCGAAUCGUGGGAGAGAUGAAGAGGGCACUGAUCCAAGAACACUCCUUGGCGCAGUACUAUUCAUCGAUAUUCCAAUGCGUUUCACGCUUCUCAAUCUCAGGCUUGCUGCGUGUAGGGAACGAAAUUCUGGUUUCCAAGGGGAAGAAAUCAAGAAAGUUGUCGACCGGAAGAACUUGGAGAGGACAUUGCUGGAUGCCAAGAUCAUUCCUGCUUCGCCACCGUCGGUCAAAGCAAUCGGUUAAAGUCCUCUCGUUCCGGCCUGCAGAGUAGAGCCCGAAGAGACCAAUCUCUAGUGAAAUCGGUUAUGUUCACCAUUACCAAACAUGAUCGGGAGACCUGGGCCCCAGGUCGGCGGCGGACAAAUGCGAGCUUUCUGAAUCAUCUGUUGAGUAAACCGACGUCAGCCUCGAGAAGAUUAGGUCCUAUCGAGGCUUGGAGAAAGCAGUAGAACGCUGGCGGCUUCGCGGAAUGCGGCACUUUUCAGCUGGUUUACCCAGAUCAG